AAACAUACUCAUAUAUAUCGAGAGGAAGUACGAGCCAAGGCAUUGAUGGACGCCCAACAAGGGCUCGAUGAACUAUACUAACGCGUGCAAAGCAAGAGUCGAGUCCGAAAGAAACAGUUCGUUGCCGUAAUAAAGGCGUUGGAUAAGGCCUUUCAUUGGUCAAAAGAAGCACGAGAAUCAUUCGCGAAAUACAUGCGGAACAAGAGCUGGCUUGUUCAAGAAUGUCAAUUCGAGGCAGACGUUGCUAUUGCGACUGAUUGCCAGCUCGAGGAUGUAGUUGUCUCCCGAGACAGUGACAUGCUCGCAUACAAGAAUAUCUCAACGGUUUGGCGCCCUAUCUCAAGAGAUCGCAUUUUAGUGUACAAGCUUGCAGACGUACUCACCACCCUAAACAUUACACGAUCGCAAUUGACGGUGCUGUGUAUCGUGAGCAAGAACGACUACACAAGCAACAUUUCCCGGCUUGGAAGUGUCACCAACUACAGAAUUGUCAAGGAGCAGGUUGGAGAAGAUCCCAGGAACAUGAUCCAGGAUUACUUGAGACACAAUGAGGUGAGGGGAAAGGAGGUAGCUGACGGAUAUUUUGAAGACUCUAUAAGGGUUUUCGUGGAUCUGCAACAGAGAAAAUCUCUUCCUGUUGCAUUUCAGACUUCCAUACAUGUUCCCGCGACUCAUGAAAGCCUACUACAGAGACUGGCGCCAAUCCGCGAGCAAUUAAAAGUGAAUGGGAGAAUAGACAAGAGUUCAUCCCAGUCGAACAAUCACUCAGAUACAUUCAAUAUCUUUCGCUCUGUUGACCGAGCUCCUGCCCAAUGGCCUCCUUCUCACUCUUCAGGGAGAAAAUACAAAGACAAUCCCAAUACGAAUGCCCUUGACUCUAACAAGCAGAAGAAAAAGAAAGAGAAGGAAAAGUCGAAAAAGCCACAAAAAGCGGUGGACGAAAUGGAUAAAACAGACUUAGUUAGGGCUAUGCAGUAUGAACACCCAACUAGGACUCUUGACAUUGGGACGGUCAACGGCAACCUAAAUAGAAUAUUGACUGAUAAGCCCCAAUUGAGAUCCAAGAUUAAAGCCUGCCUCCAAGAAGUCGUUCGCCAUGCUUCGAAGACCAAACGCACUUGCCAGAGAGCUAUUGGCCAGUACAUUGAGCAGCUUCAGCUACCGAUGUCAGCAACACAGACAGAAAACUGCUCGAUCUUAUCUGCCCACGUAUAUUUAGCAAGAGCGUGGCCGGCAAUGAAGGCCCCAAUGGAGCUGAGAAGGAUAAUGAUGAGAAUGAUGAGAACGAAACGAAUGAUGCCAACACGACCUUCCUGCUAUCACUUCUCGUGUGUAUCUAUAACAAGAGGCCCCCAACUGGCAACGUAAAGGAUCCUCAUGUGCUCAACUUCAUCCAUAAGGCCAAGGACUUUUUGCCAGCUAUGGCAGAUGCUGGCUCGAUCAAUACAAGAAUGCGUUAUCCAGGGUCAGUUAUCCUGAGAUCAACUGCCACGCAACUCAAGGCUGAGUUAAGGAAGCAUUACAAGGAGGGCGCACAAGCACUUUGUGAAAAGAUCGAAGCUCUCAAGAACAAGGGUCUGCUACCUGUAGACAUAACAAGCACCCUAGCAUAUCCGCAGUAGAGAACUUUGUUCGCCUGAACAAAAUCUGCA